CCGCAGUGUUGACAAAAUUAGUGGAAUAAAGUACAAAACAAACUGAAGCUUCGGAUCGAUAAAUAUUACUAAAAGAGCACUUUUUUCUCUUCUUUCUGGCCGAGGCCAGCCGCCAGGAUCACCAGGAUCAACAGGAUGCCCGAGAGCCCGGUAGCCGGUAGUGCCGGUACCGGUACCCGACCGUCCCGAGGGCCGAGAGCGAGAGUCCCGCCAGUCUAGGGACCUCUGGCUUUUCUGCUUUCUGGCGACAUAUGUAAUUUUGCUGUGACCCAGUACUCCAGACUCCAGUGACUUACCAGUCCGGUCGCAUCGAAUACGUGUAAGCGGACCAAGCGUGAUUAGCGUGAAGCGCAAAAUCCGAACAAUACGUGGGAAAAGGAAGAGAUAUCUAGGAAUCAUAUUGCCGGUAUGUGCAUGAUCAUGGCACCAUUGAACAAGAUCAAAAUUUUAGAUAUUACCUCCAGAGCACAAGCACUACAAACAUAGGUGAUUUCAGUUCACGAUUAACCAUCUGUAAGAUCCGAGAGAUAAGAUUCAGAGGAAAAUAGAACACAUAGGAGACACAUGGACACGUGGCACGUCGCUCCAUGGCAGGACGGCAAGACACAAUACAAAUAUCUCACGUUCUUUACAUGAGAAUGGAUCACUCAAGGUCAACGAUCCCCGAUUCACCUUUUCCCCCUCCUUAUUACCGCCAACUGAAACCACAUGGAGUAAACGUUCUUUGCCACGAAUAUUCUCGCCCGCAUUUUUCUCGUAGAACUCGGUAUUCACGAUUUGCGUCCGCUUUGACGUUAUUCAGCAGCUAUGACCCGACCCAAAAAGAAAACCGGGAUUUACGAGGCAGUCGCGAAAAAUUUCGUGGCCGGUGGUGUUGCCGGUAUGUGCUCGAAAACAGCCGUGGCACCGUUGGACCGAAUCAAAAUUUUAUUGCAAGCGCAGCACGAGCACUACAAACAUUUAGGCGUUUUCUCAGGAUUCAGGGAAAUUGUUCGACGGGAAAAUUUCCUUGCUCUGUAUAAAGGCAAUCUCGUUCAAAUGAUCAGGGCCGUGCCAUACGCAGCGAUACAAUUUACAGCGUAUGAACAGUAUAAAAAGCACUUGGAGGAAUCAUUUGAGCAAAGUCCGCAUGUAAAUGGAUUUUUGGCCGGAGCCGCCGCCGGCGUCACAGCGGCUUCGAUUACGUAUCCGCUCGACACUAUCAGAGCAAGACUAGCCUUUCAAGUUACCAGCAAUACACUUUACUCUGGAAUCAAACACGCCGCUGUGAGAAUGCUGAAGGAGGAAGGCGGCCUUCAAGCGUUGUACAGAGGUUUCUGGCCAACUAUGUUGGGCAUGGUACCAUACACCGGAUUUUCAUUUUAUACGUUUGAGAAGGUGAAAUAUCUAAGCAUGAAAUAUGCGUCACAUUAUCUUUGUUCCGAGCAUGAAACGAAUACCGGUGGUCUUAUAUUGAAUAUACCGGCAAAACUUCUGUGUGGGGGUGCUGCCGGUGCCGUAGCGCAUACCUUCUCCUAUCCAUUAGAUGUUACAAAGAGACGUAUGCAAUUGGCUAUGAUGAACCCAGCUACAUAUAAAUACGCAUCGGGAAUGUUGUCCACUCUUAGAAUGAUAUAUAUCGAGAAUGGCAUUGUAAAAGGUUUAUAUCGUGGAAUGAGUGUCAAUUUCUUACGAGCAGUUCCUUUUACGGCAGUUGGUUUUGCGACAUACGAAGUUAUGAAGCAGAUGCUCAAUUUAGAUACUGGAAUAAAACUAUAACUAAAUUAUAUAUAUACAUAUAUGUAUGAAUGUAUAUGUACACUUUUCGUAAUAUAAAUUAAAUCUUUAUAGAUAUAUUUAUAGAUAUGUAUUAUAUCUAUAAAGCUGUUUAAUUUUUUACGAAAUGGAAAAGAUAAACCGCAGAGAGAUCAUGUAACAGUAUUUUAAACAUCUUGCUUUAGUGUUUUUAAUUUUUAGCUAAACAAAAAGAGAAUAAAAGUUUUUAAAUAGAUAUGUGAUUAGAAACUUAUGAAAAGAUGUCAUACAUUGGAAUGUUCAGAUGUAUCAUAUAUUGUAUAUUCGCGAUUGAUAUAAAUCUCUUCUAAAUGAAAAACUUGCUCAUAAUUUCUAUACAUACAUACAAUAAUGUGUGAAUGUACAUUGUUCAAAAUUUUUAAAUAUUGCAAACUGAAUUCAUAUUACCUAUGCCUACACAAUUAUAUUGCAGAUUAAUACGAAACAUAGCAAAUGUGUUUCGUAAAAAGUAAAUAUUUGUUACAAAAUACAUAAUAAUCCUUGCUCCAAUAUUGAAGGAAUAAAAUUAGGCAAAUUAUUACUCUGAUAUGUAAUAUGCAUUAUUGUAGAUACUGACAAAGCUGUAUAUUUGUGAGAAAAAAAAGAUAUUUUUGUACAUGUUAUCCUAGAAUAUUUAUUUGUACAUAUAACUCAGAGAUAUGCUGAUGAAGUUUUAUCUUUAUACAUACUACCUAUCUUUUUUAUCGCGUAACGUAAAUACAAGUACCAAACAAUAAGCUAAUAAAAUAUAUGAUUUUAUAUAUACACGAUAUUUUAAAUGAUUAAAAACCAUGCAUAAGAAAUGAGUUUUAUACAUAAAACAUUGUGUUCUUUGCGAAAUAUUUUGUAUAUAUAGAGUGUAAGCAAAACCCUAAUCUAAAUGUGAUAAUAUCUCUUUAUUUUUCUAAUUCCUUAUAAUAAAAUGACAUUAUAUAAUUAUAUGUUCAUGGCAUUUUUCUGUUUCUUUUCGCAAAUCCGGGCUUAUCUGUGUGAUGCCAGAUUUUGCAAGCUAAAUUAAAAGUAUCGAAAUAAAGUUCAUAUCGCGUAAAGUUCAAGAGUAUUGCAUGCUUAUAAUGGCUCAAUUUUAUAUUUAUCAUGUGUACAAUCGAUUUAAGUAUUAUUUCAGAUAAGUUAAAAAAUUAUAAAAGCUAUCACAAAAAAUUUUUAGUUUAUUAGGAUAUACAAAGUUUGCUCCACACAUAUUGUAAUUAACCAUAUAAAUUUCUAUAAAGUUAAAUCUAAAAUGAAAUUAAUUUUUCUUUCUCUCUCUCUUUCUCAAACAGCUAAGAUUAU